AUGGGGCACGAGAUCGAAAGCUUUAUCAUCGGAAAAAAUGGAGGAAUUGUUCGCGAAAUUCGCGACAAUGGUGGAAGCAAAGAUGGAGACGUUACGGAGAGACUAGCACAUCUUGAAGCUAGUAGAUUCAAUCCUUCGCAAGCACAACCUGAGGUAUCUUCGUUUCCGGCGUCAGGAUCUAUUGCAGUGCCGCAUCGGAUGAAGCUGGAUGUGCCAAAGUUCGACGGCUCCGAUGCUACUGGUUGGAUCUUUAAAAUUACGCAAUUUUUCGAGUAUCACACAACUCCAGAUCAUGAGAGGCUCACCAUCGCAUCAUUUUACAUGGAAGGACAAGCAUUAGCUUGGUUCCAAUGGAUGCACCGAAAUGGUCAACUAUCAUCCUGGCCUGCAUUCCUUCAUGCCCUCCACUCACGAUUUGCUUCAACCACUUAUGAGGAUCCAACGAGAUUGCUAUGCAAGCUCCAACAAAGGUCGACGGUAAGCAGUUACCUCUCCGAUUUUGAAACUCUAGCUAAUCGAAUUAUCGGUUUACCUGCUCCCAUGGCUUUAAGCUGUUUUAUCUCGGGUUUGAUACCUUCCAUUCGCCGGGAAGUUCAAGUCAUGCAACCAGCAACCAUAAGUCAAGCAGUAGCUUACGCUAAGUUACAUGAGGAGAAGCAAAACGAUGCUCGAAAAGCGUUUCGACCUGUUGCAGGAGCAUCUUCAAGCUCUCUCCAACAUUCAGCAUCUGCACCCUUAUCUACUACUCCAUUGUUACCUACACCGACGCGUACCAACUCGUCCACAGUUCCUUUUAAAUGUCUCACGUCGGAGGAAUUAGCAAUGCGCAGAGAAAAAGGAUUAUGCUUCCAAUGUGAUGAAAAAUACUCAUGCGGUCAUAAGUGUUCUCCCUCCUUGUUCCUGCUCAUUAUGGAGGAUAGUGAGGAAGUACCAGAAUCCCAUGAUCCACAGUUCACCUUGCCAGAGAUCCUACCGAAGCCACCCCCUGCGCAGUUGAGCUUCAAUGCCUUAUCCGGACACGUGGUACUGGAAACAUUACGGAUGCAAGGGUAUAUUCGUGGCCAACCAGUAAGCAUAUUGAUCGAUGGUGGUAGCACACAUAAUUUCGUGCACCACAGGGUGGUUAUGUCAGUAGGAUUAACGACAACGGUGACUUCACCUUUGCGGGUCACGGUGGGCAACGGCGAGGAACUUCAGUGCCAGCACACGUGUCCUAACGUUGAGGUAACUAUCCAGCAACACUCCUUCGUCAUCGAUUUCCAUGUUUUACCUAUCCGUGGUGCUGAUUUAGUCUUGGGAGUCCAAUGGCUGAAAACGCUGGGACCGGUGUUGACGGAUUACACCACCCUCACUAUGAAAUUCAUGGCCGCCGGUCACCUUGUGGAACUACGUGGUGAACAUGAACAGGCUCUUGAAUCUAUCUCUUCCUCUCAGCUUCGUCGUAUGAUACAUACAAAUGGCACUAGUAUGAUGUUUCACAUUCAGUUGGAACCUUGCCAAACCUCACAACCUGAUAUCAACCCGUUACCUCUCAAAGUUGAGGAGCUGAUUAAUAAGUAUUCACAGUUAUUUCAGCCCUGGAACUGCCACCCUCACGAGACACUGACCACGCCAUUAACAUCCUUCCAGAAGCAACACCAGUCAACCGCCAGUCCCUUUUCAUCACCAGUGUUAUUGGUGAAGAAGAAGGACGGAUCAUGGCGAUUUUGUGUCGAUUAUCGGGCUCUCAACGCCAUCACCAUUCGCGACAGGUUCCCUAUACCAACCAUUGACGAGUUGUUAGACGAGCUUGGCGGGGCACGAUGGUUCUCUAAGUUGGAUCUAAUGCAUGGUUACAACCAAAUCCUUAUGAAAGAUGAUGAUAUUCACAAAACGGAAUUCAGAACCCAUCAAGGGCAUUACGAGUUCUGA